AUGGCCACUAAGUCCACCAAGUACUCGUACAUCAAUAGCAAGUUCAACACAUCCAAAACCGACGACCCGCACUUUACCAAUAAGAUCAAGGAUGAGCAGGAUAUGCAAAAUAUGCUUCACAGCGUCCAACUGUCAUGCCAAAUCUGGAAUCCCGAAAUUGAACCCGAGCACGAGACUACCCAUCUAUGUGAAUGUGCCGUGCAUAAAUAUUGGAAGCGAAAAGUCGAUCGCCUAGAAGUCCAAGAAGCGUGGUCGAAAGCCGUGGUAUACCCUGGAGAGAAGCCAUAUCAUGACUGCACUCACCUACGUCUCUUUAACAACAACCCAUACACUUUAGAGGUGUCAUCACCUUACGGAUUCUCCGGCGUAUCUUUAUCGGGGAGCUCAAAACCGGAUCCUCAAAAUCAUGCUGAAUUUCUUAAUCAGACCAUAGCACUCAACGCAAGUCUCGAUGCGAAAGCGAAGAUAGCAGCUCAAGUCCAGGAACCGUCCUUCAGCAUUUGGGAUUUGGAGCAGCUAGAAUCUUGGAUAACAAAAACCGCCCCCUCCAAGCCCCCAGAGAACGCUGAUCAUCCAGAAAAAUCAUCAAGGCGAGCAAGCUUUAAAAAGGUACUUUCUGUCAGGACAUCAGAUGAAAGGGCGGCAGAAAAGAUAAAAAAGAAAUUCUCUGUCGGAUUCAAGCUUCGUGAAGACAUCCUCAAAGAGGAAGAAGGUCGAUGGCAAAAUGACUACGACAGACAAAUCGUGGCCAUGUAUCAGCAGGCCCUUGGAAUCGUAUCCAAGGUGAAAGAGCUUCGGGCAAAAAGUCCUUGUCAAUACCUCCACCUUCUACGAGCGGGAUAUUUUGAACCUGUUCCUCUCGCUUGGAAUGCAGAUACUCAAGCCUCAACACCCUUGAGAUUCUCAAUUGAUUCUGCUGUCGGUUGGCGGGGCAUCACCCCUGCAUGGAGGGCAUUUGAAAACACCGCCGAGGAACGACUUUACUGGGUCCUCAGCAACCGAGAUGGAGGCGGUGUUGUCCUCAAGCCUGACAUUGUCUCAGCCCUGGAUAUGGCUCGCACCCGCAUGAGUUCAGCAGUGGAGAUACCCCCUGUAUAUCAUUACCCUGAUGAUACCUGCCAUGUUCACCUUACAUCCCAAGGCUACUCAAAACAAGUUAAGAACAAUUUCCGAUCUUGGAGCAAUUUUAUAUCCCCAACCGAUGAGACUGCGAUUCUGCUGGAUGUCUCUGGCUCUAUGGACUUCAGUCCUGCACGACCCAACUAUAACAAAUAUCUCAUCACUGGUUUUGUCAAGACAAGUCAGCCAAAAAACAAAGAACUCGCAAUGGCGAUAAUAAAUCGUUUCAUGAAGUCAAUGGAGACCUACGAUAAUCAUUUCCACGGAUACCCUCUUGUCACCUUCUCGAGUCAAGCAAAUUAUAUGGGAGUUGUCAACCAGCUGAACGUCAAUGACGUCUGGAAUAAUGUUAAAUUUGGUGGACGAACACGAAUCAUGACGGGAUGGAACAAGAUUAAGCAGCUGCAUUUCCAAAAACACUUCAGCUCAUCACAAUAUCACUCCGUUUACGGGUGGCAGCCAGGUGUGGAUACCCCUAACCUUAGGCUACUGAUGAUACUUGAUGGUGAAGCUAGUGAUAUGGAUGAGUUUGAGCUUGAGCUCUUGAGUCUCUCUUGGGCGUAUGUCACAAUAUUUUUGAUCGGCAUUGAAGGAAGUCUCAAUCACCAUCGCCAUGCAAACCGACUACAAAGAAUGAGUGAGGUCAAUCCACGAAUCUCUUUUGUAGAGGCACAAGGAAACGCUUCUGAGCGAUUUAUCCUCCAUGAAAUCCUCAAACGCCAUCUCGGUCGCGAUAUCUCCAUGGCCGAGUUCCGACACCUCGAGUACCUCCCCACGGAACUGUCCUCCCCUGUGACUAUCCGUCAAAAUAUACGAGAAUCAGCUGCUAUCCAGCUUGAGCAAGUACCGGUUGAGCUACCAUCCCUCGAAGAAACACGACACUGGCAGGUUCAACAUCAACAGAGACCAGCUACCCCUGUCGCUGAACUACGGGCAGAUCGUGAUCCAGUUGAGCUACCUGCUACACCCCGGCGGUAUACACCAUUUCCUCCACCGGAGAGAUUCAAUUUCCCACUACCUUUCCCACUUUCACGCCCGCGACCGUUGAAUGGCGAGCAAUCUCCACAAAGUCCUUCGGACGAUCCACCUCCGUACUUUGAGACUGCACAGUGA